AAAAAAGUUACGUCAAGAGGGGUUGUUGUGGUUAUGUUAUUUUAUCAUUAUAUUUUAUAAAUUUCAUUUAAAGAUGGGCACGAAAAUAUUAUCACUAAAGUGCCUCCUAAAACCUCUUAAUGCUAUAGGCAGACAAACGCCCCUCUUGGAAAAUAAUUUAGCUUCUAACCUUAAAACUAACUUCAGCACUUCUUCAGUUGCUUGUGUGAAUUUCUUCAAUAAAUUACCGGCUGAAAAGCUAUGGAAGUCAGUCACCUCAGUGAGUAACCCUGGCGCGAAGAAGGGUCGUGGUAAAGGCGCGGGUCGUAUCAGGAUUCGUGAUCUGAAUCGCGGGCAAAUGAUUGGUGUUGGUCGUGUUAAUAUGCUGUGGCCUGGUCUGUCUGCUCCGGUAAUCAGGGGAAGAGAACUUCUAAAACAACAACGUUUGCCUGAUGACCCUGAAAGGAUGGAUAAAUUGAUAAAGCUAAGAGAUUCAAUGACAAAGUUCAGACGGUUACGGCUGAGUCCUAUAGAGAGAGGCUGGUCAGGCACCCGCAUGCCUGGACGUAGCCUGGGGCCCCCUGACCCAAUUGGGGAAGAUGAAUUCACUGGUUUUGAUACAAAAGUACUGCAACUCAGAUCUCUACUCAUCAUGAAAGGCAGUCUCGGACGGACCAGGAAUAUACAGGCUAUGGUUGUAACAGGCAAUGGACAAGGCUUGGCUGGAUUCGGUAUCGGAAGGGCGAAGGAGGCGCCUGCGGCGUUGAGAAAGGCCAAAAACAGAGCUGGACAAAAGUUGAUGAACUUUGAGAUUUACAAUGGACAUACUAUCUUCCACGACUUCUACUCGGCAUUCGGGAAGACGAAGUUGUUCGUGUCAAAGAAGAAUGAGGGGUAUGGCUUGAAGUGCCACCGCGCUAUCAGAGAAAUCUGCCAGGCGAUCGGUAUCAAAGACUUGCACGCUAAACUGGAGGGAUCUAACAACCUGCAGCACAUUGUCAAGGCAUUCUUCAUUGGCUUGUUACAACAGAGAACACACCAGCAACUUGCCGAAGAGAAGAAACUCCACUUGGUGGAGUACAGGGCGGAGAACAACUACUACCCUAAAGUUGUCGCCAGCCCCAGCACAGUCCGGACCAAAGAGGAGAUACCCAAGGACGAAACAUUAGACUUCGUCCAGUAUGUGAUGAACGAUAGAGUUAUUCUGAAGAAGAAGAAGUUCCCGAGAUUCUAUGAAUCCAUGCCACAUUACCAGAUUUACUUGAAGAAGUAUGAAAGGUACCGAAACCACGAGAAGAUAAGGUUGAAUAUGAAAGUGGAGUACGGGGAAGUAAAGAGCUUUUUAACAGACAAAUAUCCUGAGGAACAGAAAGAAGCCGAUGCAUAGAUGUAUUAGUAUUGUGUAUAGAUUUAGUGAUAAUAAAUAUUUGUUAAAUUAUU